AUGAGGAUGCGGUCUACACUAUCUCUCUGUGGAGGAGAAGGGGACGGCAGGGGCCUGAGGGCCCGGGUAGGCAGGAUGAAGAGACUGCUGUGCCUUCGACACACCCACCGUGUGGACGUCCUGACAGACAUGGAGCCGGGGGUUUGGCUGAGGCACUUCCAGCUGCUGGACACGGAGGUCACUGAGGUGAGUUGGUGGAAAGGUGAUGUUUGCCCUUUCGUUAUAGCUAAGGGCCAAAGAGAGUAGAGUUGGUGGUGGCAUGGUGUUUCCCCUUUCAAGUGGGUGACUGGGUUGCCUGAGUGUCAAUGCGUAGAGGAUUAAAGGUCUGUCUGACUCAGUAUUGUGUAAAGUACCUAUCAAAUGGUAAUAUAUCAUUUAGGAGGGUAGAUUUGGAGGCAUGGCAUUUCCCCUUCCAGUUGGGUAAAAGAGUUGCUUGAGUCUCAAUGUGUAGAGGCCGAAUGGUUUUGACUGACUGACACCCUAUUUAGUUAUUGUGCAUACACAUUUGAGCAGUCAUUUAGCUUGGUAGCUCCAUUGCAACCAUAUAAAUGUGAGGUAUUGGACCUACAGGGACUUGGCAAGUGAAACCAGUGAGUGGGAGCUUCCUGAAUAUGACAUGAAAACACUUUUCUUGAGUCAGAAUAUCCAGUUGAACUCAAACUGGUGUGGGAUAUAUUGUUUUUUUGCCUUACUUUUGGAUCUUCCUCUUACCAGGAUUGAUUUACAAGAGCCUGACGUCUCCAGUGACGUCAGUUGCAGAGCUAGGGUUGAGAUUUAUAGGGGCCAACUUUACUGUCUAGGUUAGGUUACUGCGUAAAUGGUAAGAGGGAGUGGUCAUGUGCUGUAUAACAGCUGUCAUGUACCUCAGUGUGAGGUGGUUUUAUGUCAGAGCAGUGGUUGUUCUCAUGUAGGCUGCUGCUUUUGUUUCCUUUGUUUUCAGCAACACAGUAGCUAUUUUUGACACUGAGGAGGAAGGAAGUCCACCAGGAAGUGUGUCUAUCUGUCAUUUCUGAAGUGUGCUUGUUUUAACAUGUCUCUUCUGAUAAGCGCUAUCAUUUGGACAUGUCCCACAGUUUUCAUGAGAACAUAAAUAUUGUUCCAAAAAGACAGUUUACUCAUGUUAAAGAGAAUACAAAAUCGAGAUGAAUUUGGUUUGAUGUUAUCAAAUCGGACAAUUGUUGUGCGUUGUUGUGAAUUCAGUGUGUGUGUGUCUCAUUAACGUUAAUUAUUCACCCUGCACCCUCGGCUACCCUCUCUCAUUCUCUUUGUCGUGCCUCUCUGGACUGACAGUGUGGCAUUGGAUGGCCAUGGUUCAGAUAUUCAGAGGAGAGAGAGAGAGGGAAAAUAAACUCAUUAAGCAACAGUUACCCAUUCUCCCCUUUUGAAACCCACUGUUUGCUAAUGAGGGGAGUUUAGAAUGGAAACCGCCAUUGAUCAAAAGCCAUCUGCUGAGCUAGUGGUGGUUGACACUUUAUCAUUGGGCGGUCGCGGCGCUUUAUCAUUGGGCCAAUUUAGGGAUAAAAGUAGAUUAGUGACAACUUUUUCAACAGAUUUUAGUGCACUUGUCCGCCCUGAGACUGAAAGGUUGGGAGUUCGAUCCCUGGCCGAGUCAUACCAAAGACUGUAAAAAUGGGAACCUGAUGCGUCUCGCUUGGCACUCAGAAUUAAGGAGAUAUGUUGGAGGUAAGGUCCUGCGAUAGACUAGUGUCCUGUCCAGGGGGUGUACUUGUAUGUUAAGCUGCCUCACGCUACAGAAACAGGAGAUAGGAUCCUGCUAUAUGAGCCGUUCUGGCUCGCACAAGCCAAGGCUCAUGCAAGGCUAUGAGAACACUGGGACUAAAGAGCUAAUGUUCAGCUCAACAAAAACCCUACAUGUUUCCCUUCACCAAAUGAUAAGUAUGGUCUGCUUCUACGUCAUUUUGGAACUGUCAGUCAGUCAGUAGGAAAGGACAGCAACAGGUGACACUGGCUUGGAACACUCAAUAGGAACAGAGCAGACUUGUUUUUCUGUGGCAUUUCCAACCACGCCAUACCCCUUACAGACACCAUGGGUUGAGAGGAGUCCUGAGAACUGUCCCGACUGGAUUUCAGAUUAGUGGCAGUAAGAAGGUAUGACGGAGAUGCCAGCUGCAGUCACCUGAGAAGCACAUUACAGGCCUAUUGUUCUUGCCUGAAGCAUUUUCUCAGACUUGUGAUAGUGUAAGACUGUUGAAUAUUCCCAAAACACUGAUGGCAAAAAGAUCAUAGUGCCUCCAGUGUUUGAGAGUAGAAAGUGAAUUAAUGCAUUUAAUAAAAUAUUUCCAAUGUUCCUGUUAUGGCUAUAGGCUAUAGUAUGCCUACCGUAAUCAGACAGCAUAUAUACCUACUAAGAUGGUGCACAUUUUGUUUAUUUAAUUUUUUAAAUUAUUGUCAUUUGCCUAAAUAGUCAGAAAAAAACAUUACAAGUGUGAAAGUUGUGAAUUACAUGGCUGUCACUGUCAGUUUGUGACACUGCUGUCACCAAAUCUGUGUUGACGUAAAAGCGCGUGGUAUCGAGACUACCGCCCCACCCUCACCUGCUAGUACAGCGUCUGCUCUCGCGCUCAGGUGCUGUCACUGCGACUCGCACAGAAUCCAGCUGUCGCACAUCGAAACUCGCACAGACAAGCUGUGUCGUGGCUAGGCUAUCGAGUUUUGAAGCCUGCUAAGAAGUAUAUUAAUCUAUUUUUUUUUAAUGUCGUUUGAGUUGAUAAAGUAUAUAAAAUGAACUCGACAUUAUACGCAAUUCAUCAAGAAUUGUUUGUUUGGUCGGAUCAGCGACAUCCCAGGUAAUUUGCGGAACUAGGCUACUGGCUGUGUCAUCCAUUACUUAUUUCGGUCACUCACGGAUUACUUCAUUGGAAUAUCAGUAUCUACCAGCAGCAAAACAGAAGAAAUGGCUCCCUAAACUACUACAAACUUUACCGUCUUUCAUCAACUAAAACGACUGGGAAAUAUGGGGAAAUGGCGUUUGUCAAUGGUAUUAGUCUUACCUUUAUUCAUUGCUAACUGUACUUCUUUUGAAAUGUCUGUCUAUCAAUUACACAGCCUUUAUAUCCUGUGAGAUUUUACUAUUUAAAAAAACAGCCUACAAUAAUUUUAAACCUUCAUAACUUGACUUAUCAAAUAAAUACUUAAUUUAAUAACAAAGCAAAUAAUCAAAACUAUUAUUAUAGGACCAUAUUGUGAUAUCACAACAGCUUUAACUCAAUAUUGUCUUCAAGAUUUAAUAUUUCGAUUUGUAUGUCCUUUUGAUUCUUUUGAAGGUCCAUGUGCAUGCAUGUGUAUUUAUUUAUGUGUAUAUGUACACACACCAGACAGGGACAGAACAUUGAGCUAGCCUAAUGGUCCAGUCCAGACCAGUGUACCAUGGAGAAUUAUCAACAAAACUUGCAUGUCUGGCAUAUGGAGGAGACCGACACAGACAUGGAGGGGGCAGUAAAUAGUGGCUCCUGUUCCCGUUCCCUCAGCAGCCAGCCUGUCUCCAUUAGGUGUUGUAUAAUGACAACAAAACACUCAUUUAGAGCCUAUCGAUGUUCUUUACGACAGGCUAUGGAUAUCGACAGGCUUUUAGUGGCUGUGAAUAGCAUCAACCAGAGCCAUAUAGAUAGAUAGACGGAGAGAGAGUUUGGACAUUGCCGUCUAUAUGACUCUCAGAUCCAAUAUGUCUGAUAGUGUGGAAACUUCCUUGUUUCCUCAUUCUCUGUAUAUGGCUUAGUUCUCCAUUGUGUGUUAGUGGGAUACUAGCUAGAAUUUUCACCCUAGAAGUUAUUAUUUUGGCAUUCAUGGGCUCUCUCUAGGGACUGAGAACUGCUAGAUGUUACUGAAAAGUGUUACUCCAAUUCUGUUAGCGACGUGAACAGAACACAGACAUACUUAGAGGUUCUGUAGCGCUCUCUAAUGCAUGGGUAGGUAGGCCGCAUGGAUACAGUGAGUUCUGCUUUGCCUAAAAGCUACAGGUCUUGGUAGGGUCUUCUGGCUACCCACCCAGUCGGGUCAAAGUCUAGGGGCUACAGAGCUGGUGGCGCCACUCUCUGCCCUCUCAGUGAAACUGAAACUGGAUUCUCUGGUUACAUGGUCAGGGUAUCACCUCUGUCUAGUCUAUGGGAUUAUGGGCAAAUAUGGGCUAUUUGGGCGCCUUCUGUAUGUCAGGAAGUGUCUGAUUGUGUCUCAAAUGGCACCCUAUUCACUAUAUAGUGCACUACUUUUGACCAGAGCCCAUAGGGAAUAGGCUGCCAUUUGGGACGUACCCUCUGUAAGAAACGGUGUUUGGUUGGGUUUCACCCCAUACAAUGGCCUCUACUCUGAGAGAGAGAAAAAAGGAAAUGCCAUAGUGUUUUUAUUUAAUUGUAUUUAUUUGACCAUUUAAUAACACAAUUCAACAAAACAUGGAUGCAAUGCAUUUAAAAACGUUGAGGAUGACUUAAACGUAUUUCCAUUGUGGUCCUCUUUGAUGGAGAUUGAAUAUUAUCUCUACUCGGCUCCGGAUGAUGGAAAGGGAGUUGAUGCAGUUUGGGCUGGAAAGGCAGUAUAGCUUGAGUGGAGGGAGCAUCGAUGUUGCACAUGUCUUGCUAAAAACUUGUCACAUUUUUGACAUUGAUCCUUAUCCACUUUUAAAUCUAUAAUUGCUAAUUAAUGUGCUCGUAUACCGGUCAGAUGGGAUAUAAUCAUAUAGGAAAUUCCACUGUUACCAAAAACAUGUCUAGCUGAAAACAUGCCACACGUUGACAUUUAGGUCCCUAUACGUUGUGAAAUGUGUAUUAUCUAUUUAAUGACAUCACAUACCUGUUGCUGUACAGGCAUGCAGUCUAAUAGCAGGUGCCUCUGCAGCAUUUACAUUUGCAUAGAUCGAUGUCUAGCUAAGGAUGUGCCAUACGUUUGACAUUUCGGUCCCUUAACAUUGUGAGAUGUGCAAUUAAUGUUUAAAAAGCUCUCAUACCAGCUAGACAGACUAAUAGAUGCCUCUGCAGUGCCAUCAUAGAUAUAAUUCUCAGUUCAAGGUUGUUUGAAAGCAGCAUCUGUGGAAUGAUGCUAUUGACGUAGCUGUGCUUAAACUGCUCAUUGCUUGAAUGCUUUGAAUGUGAUGAUCUCUACAUUUGGCUUGUGGUGUUUGUCACAAAGCAUGAGGAAAAUGUAGGCCACUUCACUGCAGUUAAAGUUAAAUGUCGAUGUGAAUUUAGUAGGACGGGCAAACCCAUUUUGAUUAAUUGUGUGUGUGAUGGCACUUUUGGCUAAUGUCAACAAAACCCUUGUCUAUUCUAUUGAAGCCUCACCUCCACUCUCUUUGUCUCUCACCAGGACCCAGUGCAGGAGUGGGGGGAGGAGGUGGAAGAGGGGGCCGUGUUCGGCAUAACCCUGUGUAGGGAGCCUGUGCUCCCCAGCCCCUCCACCCAGGACCCCUCAGACCCUCUCGCCGAGUCCCCGUCGACUCCAUCGGCCUUCAACUUCAUCCAGUAUCACACAGUGAAGGUAAAAGCACUUUGAGAGAAAGCGUGAUCAGAGAGAGAGAUGGAGAAGGAGAGACUGGGGAUAGAUAAAGGACGAGACAAUGAGAGAGGUGGAGAAAGGGAAGGAUAGAGGGAGACAAGCACUUUGCGACAACUGCUAAUGUAAAAAGUUCAUUAUGAACAAAGUUGAUUGUAUUUGAUUGAAGGUGCGUCGGUUGAAGGCGGGGACCCUGGAGCGCCUGGUAACCCACCUGCUGGACUCAAAACACCAGGAACCUGACUACGUCAAAGUGUUUCUGUCCACCUACAGAGCCUUCACCACCACCAACACACUCAUAGAACUGCUCUUCCAGAGGUGAGACACAGAAUAUUAUUAUAUGGUGGUUGCUGUGUUUUGUUAUUCAGAGAAACAUACAUUUAACAGAAAUGUAAUUAAUUAUGUGGCACAGUGCUGUUGGUCUUCCAGAGGUGAGAUGGUUACAGAGACUAUGUUACUUCUGAAUGUUUUGUGAAAUGUUAAUUUAGCAGACACUUACUGUCAAGAUAGGUUGGCUAGACGGAUUAAGUGUUAAGUAGAAAACUUUAAAUCUAUGUGUUUUUGUAAAUGGGAAAAGUCAUUGAAAACAGUUAUGACUGAAGACAUCUUGUAAAGUAAACCCUUGAGUCUUGCCUGGAGUCCUUGGACUAGAUGGGAACCAUACAACAUGACCUGAAAUCUUAUCAGACUAAUAACCCCUGACUAACCUCUGAGGCUGCCCUUGGUUACACCUCUUUCAACAAUAUUUGGAAGGCAUUUGACGUGAUGCAGGAAUUCUAAUGUUCUAAGUCUGUCCUAGUUUGAAUAAUUCAGUGUCACCCCAUACAUAUUUGUGUGACGUCGUGGGAGGCGACAGUCCCUCAGUUAUGUGUUUGCCUAACCGGUUCCUAAUUACCUACCACAUGACAGAUCCAACAAGAAUGUUUACAGACUCCUUUUUAAAAAAGCUGCCUCAUAGGUUAUUAAGUAUAGUAUUUUCUGCAAUAAAGUUGCUAAAUUAUGUUAACUUUCCAAAAAUUCGGAGGUUUCCAGAUAUCAUAGUUGGAGGAUUCCUGGAUCUUCUGCUUAUUCCCUCAGGAAAUCCAGGAAUUCUCCAACCGGGAUUUUUGGAAAACCUGGAAACCUUAUUCUGCGAUAACAUUGUAUUUAACUUUUCUGUGCUAUCGACUAGUAAGACCCUUUACCAGUUCAGUAGUUUGCAUUAAACUCCAGUAAAAAGCUAUCUGCUCUGAUCCAUGACAUUUAGAACCCUAGAGAUAAUGAUUUAUUGGUUGUUAAACAGUCACCCUCAUUUCUGCAGCCCUGGUAGCAAUAGUCUUCCUUUAGGCUGAAACUGACGUCACCAUGAGCUAGCUCCAGGGUGCCUAGAUUGUAAUUGACAGCAAUGGGCUUUCCACUGAAGGUCAGAUCUCUGUAGUUUAUAUGUCAGUAAAGGGCUACUCUUGCUUGUCAGACUCAUGGUGUGGGAGGAGAGUAGCAGAGGGCUAACUAUUUCUGUGACAUCGACAAUGUUGGUCAAAACAUUGCAUUGUACCACUAAAUCCCUUGUAGGAGCAGUAACCAGUGAGCAAACAUUAGUUUAUUUUCUAACUACUGCAUAUCUCUAUUUCCAUAGGGAUGAUAUGAUUGCCAACCUGGACAACACUGUCUGCCCAAGGAGGUAUGAGUAACUUCACUCUCUCUACUCCUUCUACAAUGUCUUCUCACCAUAAAAUACAAGUGUACUUUUAAUUCAUAAAAAAAACACCCUUGAUAUGAAUCAUCACCCCCCCCCCCCCCCCCCCCAGCACCCUUGUGCCCCUGAUCAGAACCUGGCUAGAGGAACACAGGGAGGACUUCAGGGAACCCCCUCGGCACCCCUCCCUGAGGCUGCUCUGUUUCCACCUCCGCCACCGCCUCGCCUUCCGUCGCCUCGCACACACAGCUGAGACGCUGCUCAAGAAGCUCCAGGAAGAAGGUUGGUAGCGUUCAGUAAGGCACACCGUAGAGAAAUGUUUUUCAACAGAAAACAAACUGGGUUUUUAUUGGACAAAUGUAGGUAGUACAUCGCUGUUUCAAGAUUUUAUCCUUGCCCCUUUUUCUCACAAGCAAAAAACGGCAUCCUAUCUCACCAGUAGAAGUCUUACAAGUUGUGAUUUUGCUAGGAUGGUGGUACGGUAGUUAGUAACUCUUUUAUUUUCUUCCUAGAUCGCACUAGUCUGGAUCAGUCUGCACCAAUAGAUAAUAGUGAUUGUCAGCAGAAAGAGGAGGGGUCAGGAGAGGAAGUACCGAAGGAGGAGGAGACUGGAGACUUUAUGGACUUCCCUGUCAUAGAAGUGGCAGAGCAGCUGACACGAUUGGACGCUGUAAGUGUCAAUCAUCUUUAUAACUCGACCCUUUCUGUUCAAUCACUCUGCAUGAAUGACAAAGCUUACAAAGUUUAUUUCCCCUCCCUCCCGCCCUUCUUCCUAUAGGAGCUCUUCAUCAAGGUGGUCCCGUUCCAGUGCCUGGGCUGUGUCUGGUCUCAGCGGGACAAGAAGGAGAGCCGCAACGUGGCGCCCACUGUCCGCGCCACCAUCGCCCAGUUCAACGCCGUCACCAACCGGGUCAUCACCUCCCUGCUGUGUCCCUCGUCAACGUCUCCGAACUCGGUCUCCUCCUCAACCCCGAGUCUAUCCACGGCCCCUAGCUCCCCUCUCCUCCCCCACACCAGCCCCACCCUCAGGGCCAGGGUGAUAGAGAGGUGGAUUGCCAUAGCACAGGUCAGCAAAGCCAGAUAGAACAUACAUAAAUGUAUACUAUCUACAUUUGAGAUCUUUAGAGACAUGUUUGGCUAUAAAAUAAAUAAAUAUAUAUUUAUCAAUGUUAUUGUGCAAUGAAAAUCAGGAAAAGUGGCUAAAUGUGACAUUGUGUUUGGUCGUGUCCUCUGUAGGAGUGCAGAACGCUGAAGAACUUCUCCUCUCUGAGAGCCAUCCUGUCAGCCCUGCAGUCCAACGCUGUGUACCGCCUCAAGAAGACCUGGGCUGCCGUCAACAGGUGAGAUAUGCAGAGGCGCAGCAGGUUUACACUUUGUCAGCCAGUGAUUCUGAGGGUAAGUUUCUCAGACCCAGAUUUACUCUACUUCUGGCCUGAAAAUCACUCGGAUAUUCUCCUUUGAGCGGAAAACAACCCUGAAUAUGGUGGCUGAGAUGCAUACUGCACAUUUUUGAAAACUGACCAUUUAUUUUAUUUUAGGGAUUGUAUGGCCUGUUUCGACCAGCUGUGUGAGACGUUCCCAGAUGAGAACUGUGUUAUGACCAGCAGAGAGAUCCUGGUGGAGGUAAGAACCACAGAAUAUAACCAUAGAACGGAACGGAACAAUAACCAUAGAGUUCUAAUUCUACCACUUAAAAAGGCUUUUUCCACCUGAGUAGUAACAUUUACUGUACCUCCAUCUUUGUUCCGUGAGCUGUUAUUAAUUUUUUACAUUUAAUUUUUAGUCAUUUAGCAGACUAUCCAGAACAACUUACAAGAGGAACUAGGGUUAAGUGCCUUGCUCAAGGGCACAUCGACAGAUUCUUUAACCUAGUCAGCUCAGGGAUUCGAACCAGCUACCUUUCGGUUACUGGCCCAAUGCUCUUAACCACUAGGCUACCUGCCGCCAACUAAAAGACUGAUAUGGGUGUUAAUACAGUAUAAUGAUAGGGCUGUUAUCAUAUCUGAAGUGUACACUUCAGCACAAAAGAGCCAUUGUACUGUAUAUGGCUAGCAGAUGGCCACACAAUCAAAUAGGGUCAGUCAUAUCCGAUAGCACUGUCUAUCUAUUUUCACUUUUACUUGUUGGCUUUGUUGACGGCCCACAUCUAAAGGUGGCGGAUUCAAUAUGACUGCCAGUUUCGGGCUGGGCACAUUAUGAGUCACACUGCUUUGACUGAACCCACACACACCUCUGGGUAAAACCAGCAACAUCUAUUACCAGGCGGAGGUGACUUGGUGUGUGUUGAGCAGAGGACGCUGGUGAGGAUGGCUCAUAAUAAUGGAUGGAAUGGAGUGAAUGGAAUGGGAUACAUGGGAAAACCAGGUGUUUGAUACAAUUCCAUUUAGUUUCAGCCAUUACUAUGAGCCCGUCCUCCCCGUUUUAAAGUGCCACCACUGGCUGAAUCUAAAGAAGGGUGUGUGCUUGUGUUUAUAGGUGAUUCAUUGGUCAAUCUCAGCCUUAUCAUGACAGGGGGACACCCAAUCAGACACCACACCCAAUAAUAAUAACUAAGUAGUUAUUCAUUAAUUAAUUAAUAAACUAUGUACUGCACUCACUGUACAAUAAGUAUUAUUUAACAGCUAUUUGGCUUGCUAUGAUUGCCCUACCCAUCUCAUAUCAAACUCCAUGUACUUGUUUAAGCCAAAACAAGUAGAAUGAGGUAGCAUGACUGUGAAUAAUACACACUAUUCCAAAGCAGUCUCACAUGUAAGAACCUUUUAGAAGCUUUUAUUGAUUCUUGGCUAAUGGCUGGCAAUUGAAUGAUUUGCUCUGCCCCUUUUGUACCAAGCCUAAUGUGACUGUUGUUUUUGCUGUUCUCUAGGAUGGCAGCCAGCCAGAUGACAACGCCACCCCCAAGUCACCCCGGCUGUGCCCCAUGUCUAAACAGAUGGUAAGACUACUUCCUGUCUGUGCUGUAGGUGUUCUAACAUGAUCUGUACUGUACUAAAAUGAUAUAACUUCUGUCUAUGAGCACCUUCAGUAUAUUGGGUGAACAGCUAGCAUGCUGGUAAUAUUCAGUUACUGCCCACAACAAUCGUGCGAAUCCAUUGAAAAAUCAGCCGACCAUUAUGUGGCUUCCUUAUUCUUUGACUUUGGACCACAGAGCACGAUAGACGCGGAAAAAGACUAAAAUAAUACUGUUAGCUCAGCAAACAAGUCUCUUCCUAAUGCUUUAGAGAGGAAAGAGGAAGUGAGGUAGGAAUACCCUUUAAUGGUCCUGACCCGUCCUAGUUUCAACUUCUCCGUAACAAGUCACAUGCAGCCUGAGGCUGUGAUACUGGGUGCAUCCCGAAUGGCACCCUAUUUUCUAUAUAGUGCACUACUUUCUGGUCAAAAGUAGUGCUGUAUUUAGGGAAUAGGGUGCCAUUUGGGUCAGACAGUGAUCGACCACAGCUGAGAUUUCCUAAUAUAGAUCUCUCUCCGUUCCAACCUUCCUCCUUUUUAAUUUCCAUCCUCUCGUGAAGUGGAAACUCUUAGUCAGCUCAAAUCACAACAGUUGCCUUUUGCCACACUUUAAUGACACUUGAAUUUACGUUGUACAAAGUUGACUUAACUUAGACCCUUUUAGUCAUCGUGGAUCAUCAUAGUUCAGCAUUGUGUCAAUGUUGUAUAAAGGUUAGGUGAUGAUGAUUCUGUCUAUGCUUUGUGUAUGAACAUGAUCGCCGUGAACUGUUAUAUGACCACUAUCCCGUUGUCCCUCACACAAUAUAAACUGUUUACAUUGUUUAGAACAUAUGUGUUCCAAUGGCUCCAUAUUUAGUUCACUACUUUUGACCAAGGGUCUGGUAAAUUAGUGCACUAGGCAGGAAUAGGGUGCCAUUUGGGACGCAUAUAAAAUAAUCUAGCAUAGGCUGCUCUAUGACGUAGUGUCUUACAGUCUUAUUGUCCCUCAAACAGAGCCCUACCAGUGGUGUCGUCCCCUACCUGGGCACCUACCUGACAGUCCUCACCAUGCUGGAUACUGCACUCACAGACACAGUAGAGGUGAGAUCAAAAUACUAAUAUCUAACCCAAUUUAAUCAGUAUGAGUGUGGCUUUGUGAUGUGGCCUUCCUAGACUUUUUGGUGGUCAGAACAUCACACAACUUUUCACUCAUAUUUAUAUGAGCCACUUUCCUUGUCUAUUAUUUGUCUGCAUUUACAAUGAUCUGAUACAUGUGCGAUCAUUUCAACCCUAUUUGUAUCCCAAUUCACAGGGUGGCCUCAUCAACUUUGAGAAACGUAGACGGGUAAGUGUCACCCCCUAGUGGUUUUUAAAAUAAAUGCAACCGAUCUCAGUAACCAUACAGUACUGUGUGAGUUGGCUGUAUCAUGACAUUCUCUCCCUCCCUCCCUCAGGAGUUUGAGAUCCUGUCUCAGAUUGGCCAGCUGCAGGCGUUCUGCUCCUGCUACAGCCUCCCAGUAGACCAGACCAUCUCAGCCUGGCUGCAGAACCACACCAUGCUCAAUGACCAGGAGAGUUAUGAGCUGUCCCGUGCUCUGGAGCAUCCGGUCGACCCUUGUCCAAACUCCCCCUCUUCCUGGAGCCACCGCCUGCUCGCCAAGAAGCUCGCCUCGUAAGUCUGACCUUCCUAUGGCUGAAAUGUCAAGAAUCCUUUCUAACAUUGUGUAUUAUUUACCCUGUGCCACUCACUCUCUAACCAUAUACAAAACUUCACUGUGUUGUAGCUAGUCUGGGUACCGGUCUUUUCUAGCUAACAUUCCACUCCUGUCAUCUCUCUUUGUCUUCAGCCAAUGACAGGAGUGUAUUUAGUAUUUUAAUGAGAAAUAAAAUAAAAAUAUAUAUUUGAAUACAAAAUAUACUCCUGUCAUUGGCCAAAUACAAAGAGUGGCAAGGAGUGGAAUGUUAAUUAAAAAGACUGGUACCCAGGCUAUAGUGUAGCAGUCUGUUAUUGAAUUGUUUUGCCAUUUUAGGAAUGUUCCUAAUCUAUUGAGGAAAAAGAAGUAGCAAGAGUGCUUCAGGUAUUCCCAAACACCCACAGGUGCUCUUAGAGGGGAAUAGUCAUUGAAAAGGAAAAAUUAUAACCACAAAUGGGUGUUAAGUGGUGUAAAAAAUCAUAGUCCAGGCACUCGUGUGGGUUUGAAAGUUAAAAAGCCUUUAUUGUGUGGGCUAAAUCAUUAUUAAAAUACACAAGCGCGUAUCGGCUAACGCCGUCAUCAGGGCGUCCGUCUAUACCUAAACCCUAUUGAACAUGUGAGUGUUUUGAGGUAUUUGUGAGCACUUGAAGUAACUCUUUCCGUUUUCUUGUGUGUGUAGGCUGCUGUCGGUCACUGACGUCUCCAGCAGAAAGACCCAUUCAGACCAGAUCAGUGUGUCAUCAUCAGGCUCCAGUGGUUCUGAGAUGGAGGAUCUGUCCUCACCACAGCCCCUCAGAGACAAACUCAAGGUACAUACCCUUGUUCAGUAUUUAUCUUGUCCUAUACCAUGUCCAGGGUUCAAUCAGAUCUGGGUUCAAACAGAUCUGGGUUCAAGUAUUAUUUGUUCUCGUUCAAAUAUUUUUAGCAUUUGAUUGAGCCUGCCUGGAGAGCCGUUUGGGUAGGGUUUACACUUUGGGGAGUAUUCUAUUGGUUCCAAUGUGCCAGGCAAGCUCAAUAAAGCACAGCUAAAGUACUGUUUGAAUCCAGGUCUGAAGUUACAUGUUGACCUUGUUUAUGUAUAUCAAUUACGUUAUUAGCCAGUUAGCGUGGAGCAUUUAUCUAAUCUCUUUCUCGUCCUCUCUCCCAGUCUCUGUCAGGCUCGCUCCACAACGUGUCUGAAGAACUCUCCUCCAACAACUCCUCCCCCACUCCCUCCAACACCUCCUGCAGCUCCUCCCAGCCCGACCUCUCCUACUCCUCUAUGGCCAUGAGCCCUGACUGCUCUUCCUCCUCAGCCUCCUCCUGUUUCCUCCUCCUCCUCUCCUCAGUGCUGUAAGCCUGUCUAUAACAAGCAGGUAGCUGACUCCUGCAUCGUGAGGGUCAGCGUGGAGUGUGGCAACAACGGCAACGUCUAUAAGAGCAUUCUGGUGAGUGAACUCUUAAGAACUAUUCAUCUGUGAGUUGACAAAGCAAAUACUCCCUUAAAGUGCACAUAUCUUUCCUCACUGGUUAGGGAUGGUAGUUGAUUUUCUAGAUUGUAGUAAUAAUAAUAACUGGGGUUUUAUUUUUGCAGAAUUUCCACCUUAUAAGAGUGUACACUUCAAGCAGCUGAUAUGUCCAGUGUGUUCUACUAACCCUGUCUCUCUGUGCCUCUUGUUCAGCUGACCAGUCAGGACCACACUCCCCAGGUGAUCCAGAGGGCCCUGGAGAAACACAACCUGGAGAACAUGAGCUGUACAGACUUCGGCCUCACACAGCUGCUGGCCCAGGACAAAGGUGAGCUCAGUCAGAGUAGGAAAAAGCUUACUCUCCCUUGUCUCCUUUCUUCCUCUGCACUUUUAAACUGCAUUUUGCAUUGCUUUCACCUCUGUUGUUGAUCAGUGCAGAUAAAGGAGAGGAGACAAGGAGAAGCCACCAUAGACUAUUGAGAUACACCCCAAAUGUGUAUGGCACUCAGUAAUAUCCCCAUACAACCCAUACUGAUCUAUAUGUCCCCUCCAUCUCCCACCAGAACUUCAGAUCCCUGACAAGGCCAACGUGUUCUACGCCAUGUCCACCUCAGCCAACUACGACUUUGUCCUCCGCCAGCGCUGGAGGAGCCACAGCAGAUGCCUGGGCACUUCUUCUAGCCCCGGGCCCCAGGCCAGGGGACGCCACGCCAAGUAGACAGACCCACAGCGCCACCUCCUGGUCUGGAGGGAGAACUACUACUGCAACAAAAAAAAGGGGGGGGGGAAAUGG